CGGGUUGUCACCGGUCCAGGAGACCACAACCUGCGAAUUUGGGAUGUGGAUAAAGGAACAUUGGUAGGAAGACCCACUGGCGCUUGUCCUAUCAACGUGUCCACAUGCAGUCUGGAUGGACUAACAUUGGCAUCUGGAUCGUUGGACCGGACUAUCAGGGUUUGGCGCACCGAU